AUGUGUAACCUGGCCUUGCCUGGAAAGCAUCCCCGGGGCUUCCAAUCUCUCCAGCAGCUCGAUCGCCGCCUGGAAUCCCUGGAAAGAAGAAGCGAGCAACAUGACGAUGGCGAUGUCCCAGCUCCUCGGGCGGCACCGCCGCAAACAAAGCCAAGGCUCACAGCCUGCCACUUCGGACGAGCGCUGGGACUGUGGAAGGGCCAGCGAUUCAAGCUCUGGCAGCAAAAGUCUGGCCUCCUGGAUGGAAGAUCCGCGGAGCUCGUCGUCAGUGGCAAGGACCGAUUGAAUGGAGGUCCGGAUGAGCGAUUUCUCAAGGCAGAGAUGAGUUCCUGGGCUUGGGCUCCAAGGACUUCUUCUCCCAGGGAGGCUGCGAUGAUGUGGGGACUUGGCAACGAAGUGGAAGCCAUCGAGAAAUACUCCAAGAUCACGGGGAACAUCGUCAACCGCGACACAGUGUUCACGAUCUACAAGGAGAACGAUGAGCUCUACGAUUGGCUUGGAGGAUUGCCGGACGGUCUUGUGGAGGAAGAAGAAGGAGAAGAAACUCUCAAGAAGAACAGUGGACUUAGUGAGAUUCUGGAAGAAGAAAGGAAGAACAGUGGUGGUGAUGGGAUUUUGGGAGAAGGGAAACUCCUCGCGAAGAACAGCGGUGGUGGUGGCAUUUUGGAAGUCAAGUGCCCGCAUCGCAAAGUCCUUCCAUGCCCGCUCACACUUCCAUACUUCUACGUUCCUCAAGCGCAGGGAUUGAUGGAGAUCCUCGACCGGGAGUGGCUCGAUUUCUACUUCUGGACGCCGGGCGUGAGCAGCGUGCUGAGGAUCAAGAGAGACCGAGACUACUGGGGAUUGAUCUUCCGGGUGAUGAGUGAGUUUUGGUGGUCGAAUGUAGUUCCUGCCAGGCAAGAGCGUGAGAGAGGCAGCCCAGAGGCUUUCAUGCCCAGCGACACGCAUCCUCUCACGCCCGCGGUGAUCGAGAGGAGCCAGAAGAUUGCGUCGCGGGCGAGAGUUAUAUGGACGGAUUACCGAGGUGGUGGUCGAGAGGAGGACGAAGGGUCUUUCUCUUAUACAAUUCUUAAAAACUAGUACUGUUCUUCGAUUCCUUCGCUAGAAAAAUUUCUACGAGCAAAGCUUUGAUCA